CUUUGGUGUGUAGAAAACCAAGCUCUUUCCGGUUCCAAAACCUUCAAAACAGAAGUUGGCAAACUAGCAGUGUUACAUCCUUCUUCAACAUGCCUCGUCAAGAACUUCAACUUAAAUGUUCCUCGAAGGAAGAACAGCGGCAAGAAAGACGAGGAGUAUGACGUCGUCUACCGUUACCCACACAUGCGACUCCUGGCGGCCAUCUCGCGUUUCAAAAUCGCACAGACCACGCUGAUGGUGUUCAUGGUCCCCAUAACUGUCACCAUGGCCGUGGAGGGCGACGCAUCGUGGACCACAGCAAACACUGUUAUCGGUUUCGGAAUCUUCUCAACAGUCAUGCUGUACGUAAUGAGCAACUACCUGAGAAAAUUCAUCGGUUUCAUCAGUAUCAACCAAUCAGGAGACACGGUCAGACUGUCGCACCUCAACUUCUGGGGACGGCGAGAGGAGAUGUACGUUGAUGUCAGCAAUGUCGUACCGAUGACAGAAACGGGGGACAGGCAAGGGGAGGUGUUUAGGAAGUUUAAGCUGUACGACUCCAGCCUAAUCAUGUAUUACACCUUAAGGUUUGGUCAGAUUGCUGACAAGGAAAAGUUGGGUAAAGUCUUGGGUCAUUUGGAGUGAUGCUAUUCACUGUUUUUGUUAAACAUGUUAUAAAUCUUCUGUCCAUUUGCGAUAAUCUUCACUGCACCUGUUACCACCCUUAAGUACUGCCAGGUCACCUUUGCCUAGAUGAACUAGCAAGUUAUGUCUGAAUGUUGUAAGUUACAUUAAUCAGAAAAAUAGGUAAUCAAAAAUGCUGUAUAUACAUAUGAUACGUAACCAAGAAACUCUGUGUGAAGCUUGACAAUACAUGCACUUACAUAAACUGCACAGGUGUAACAGUGCUUACAAUCUUGAAGGUUUUUGAUACUGGUCAAUGCUGUACUAUUACCAUUAUUGUUUGAUAUGGUCAUCAAUGGGCGAUAAAUAAGGCACUGCUAGCCUGUCCAAUCUUUGUCUUGCAUUAUUCAACAUUUAUAUCAUUGCUUCCAUUGCCAUUAACACAUCAUCAAGAGAUCUUCUAGAAGCAAUUCCAGAACAUGGUGCAAAUCAACUGAAAAGUAUUUAAUCACAACACAUACAUACACAAAUGCAAUAUCAAAAUUCCAGGCAUUAUCCUGCUAAGCUUAUAAGGUCAUAAAACAGAAUUGCAGAGAAAGAGACUGGUUUUCAGACCAUACAAAAUAGUUUACCAGUCAAAUUUUCAAAGGAACCUAAGUCUUACCAAGGUUAUCCUUAAGUACUCUAUUUUGAAUUGACCUCUUUUGAGCAAAUAGGUAGCAAGAAGUAGUCUUAAAGAGGCCACAC